AUGAAUGAUAAAGAAAAUGAUGACGAAAAUAUGAGUGAUAAAGACAUGGAUGACAAGGACAUGGGUGAUAGAGGUAAGGAAGGCAAAGGCAUGGAUGAUAAGGACAAUGAGGAUGUAGGCAUGGGCAACAGAGGGAUGGAUGCUAAAGGCAUGGAUGAUGUAGGCAAGGAUGGCAACAUAGGAGCUGGAGGGAGCGGACAAGGAGGAGGAGGAGGAGACGGCAUAGAUGGAGGUUGCAUACGCGGCGGCGACGACACCUUUAGCAUGGAGGAGGGUCGGAUUGCUGUCUGGCAGGGUAAAAAAUCUCAUUUUUUGCACGGACUACCGGACGGAUAUUCUUUUGUCAUCGGGUGUGUAAAAAAUUAA